AUGCACCGCAAGGUUCCACUUCGGAAAAACAACUGGAUGAAAGUUGGGUAUCAGCCUCCGCACUGGGGUGGAGGCGUCAGUUUGAAUUCUGCGCUGCAGGGGCGCAGACCACAGCUGCGGUUCGGACUGACGGGAGCACGAGCAGGAGGUGUAGAAACCCCAGGGGCUCCAGCACCCUCUGCGCUGCGGGCUCGGAAGGCCACCGAUGUGCAAGGCAGCGUCUGCUCCAGCGCUGGGCUGCCGCCGUCCUGCUGCCGCGGAAAGCAGACAGAUGUUCAGCACGUACCCUUAUACUUAGCCUUACAAAAGUUCAAGUACUGCAUCGUUUCUCAGUUCAUCUUAACCACUGGUUCCUGUAUUUGUGGCGACACGGCGACCAGUAAGAGCCCGUUUAAAGAAACCGGGGUUGGCAGUGUCUGUCUGCUGGAAGCGUGCGCUGGCAUUCAGGCAGCGCCUGAGCUUCGACAUCCGGAGAAGGGUCGCAAGGCGGUCUCCUCCCGCGGCGAGGGAGCACCAGAGGCGACGUCGCCGGAGUGCUCCAGCUCUUCCCCGGUCUGGGGCAGGUUUGAAAAGGAAAUGUUUAAUUUAUUUCAAGUUACGGACAACAGAUACAAGAGUAAAUACCGUAGCAUCAUGUUCAACCUCAAGGACCCCAAAAACCAGGGACUUUUUCAUCGUGUCCUUCGUGAGGAAAUCUCACUGUCAAAGCUAGUGAGAAUGAAACCAGAAGAACUUUUAUCUAAAGAACUAUCUGUAUGGAAAGAGAAACCAGCUAAAGCAAUUAUAGAGUCAAGAAGCAAAUCUCAUGAAAUCAAGAAAAUACCUGUAAAACGGGAACACUUGCAAGUUGUAAACAUGGAAGAUUCUCCGCCAGUGUCUGAUUCUGAUGAGCAGCAAGAGUCAACCCGAACUGCACCACAUUUCAACAGUGCUCCGUCUCUAGAUGUUUUUAGUAGUAUGUUGAAGGAUACAACAAGUCAACAUCGAGCCCAUCUUUUUGACCUGAACUGCAAAAUCUGUACAGGUCAGAUUUCAGCAUCGGAAGAUGAAGUACCUCCUAAGAAGAUAAAGUCAGUGGCUUCUGUUAAAAAGGUGGAGGCAAAAUCAAAACCAGAAGUUCAGCCGAAGUAUGAAAGUUCUGCACCGACCCCAGCAGCGGAGUCUGCCAAAGAGGCCGUCUCUGAUGAUGCAAUGGAAACUGAUGCUGGACCAGUAGCAGAAACGGUUCCUCAGCCAGUCGUAGAAAGAACUUACAUUCCUACAACCCAGGGCCAUGACAAUACAGAUUCUUCUGUACCUGAAGAGGCUUCUGCUUUUCCUGCCUCUUGUGCUGGCGGAGUUGUCACAACCGUCACAGUUUCUGGCAGAGACCCCAGGACAGCCAUGAGCAGCUCCUCUGGUACUGUGACACCAGCCCUGCGUCCUGGUCCUGCACCUGACAAAGUUGCAGCAGGGGACACGAAACAUGAAACUUCAAAACCAGUUAUGACUGUCCCCAAAUCAAUAUUGACCAAACCAUCAUCCUCACCAGAUCCAAGAUACUUAGCGGUUCAUCAUUCACCCAAUGUCAAUGUUGCAGAGCCACGAUCGCCUCAAGACAGCGAUACUUCCCUCUUUCUCUCUCGUCUCAACACCAUUUGGAAAGGAUUUAUUAACAUGCAAAGUGUGGCCAAAUUUGUCACUAAAGCGUAUCCUGUUUCCGGGUGUUUUGAUUAUCUUAGCGAGGAUUUACCAGAUACAAUUCAUAUUGGUGGGAGGAUCUUACCGAAGACAGUCUGGGAUUAUGUUGGCAAACUCAAAUCUUCGCUUUCUAAGGAAUUGUGUUUGAUUCGUUUCCAUCCUGCAACAGAAGAAGAAGAAGUUGCCUAUAUCUCUCUCUACUCCUAUUUUAGCAGUCGUGGUCGUUUUGGUGUUGUAGCUAAUAACAACAGACAUAUCAAGGAUCUCUACCUGAUCCCCCUGAGUACUAAGGACCCAAUUCCUUCCAAACUCUUGCCCUUUGAGGGACCAGGUCUUGAGUCAUCUCGGCCGAAUUUAAUUCUUGGAUUGGUAAUCUGUCAGAAAGGGAAACGUCUUGCCACUGGCAUUGAACCAGAAAAGAUAGAGGAAAAGCGAAGCAGAAUUCAAGCACAUGAGGAAAGCGAAACAUCGCUGUUCUCCAAAGGGCCGCUGGCUGCUUCGCAAGAGAAGAAAACUCCCAAAUACACCCUUUAUGCAGGAGAUUCGGCUGUAAGUACAACACCACCUGGAUCUCCUCCACCUCCACCCCCGCCUCCCAUGCCGGACCCCUCAGCAGUUACACCUUCAGUAUUAAAAAUACUGUCCUCGAUUAAAACUGGACCCACAACUACUGUCCCACCACCCGUUUCAACUGCCGCUUCUGCAAGCGUCACUGCUACGCAAUCUUCAUCCUCCAAAACUGCCACACCUCUCGAGCACAUCCUGCAGACGCUUUUUGGAAAAAAGAAAACUUUUGAGCCUCUUGCUAAGGAUUCUGGUACUGCCCAGUCUUCACAUCAGGAAGGUCAAGCUGCCGCCGACAGAGGAGUGUCAGCUGUUCCUUUGUUAGAUCCCAUUGUGCAGCAGUUUGGACAGAUGUCAAAAGACAGAGCUAUAGAAGAGGAGGAGGAUGACAGACCGUACGAUCCUGAAGAAGAAUAUGGUCCGGAGAAAGCUUUUGAAAUGCAGACUGGUGACAGUGAAAAACGAUAUAACGUGGAGAAACCAUCUAAUACAGCAGAAUUAGAGGAUGAGGCCUACGAUCCAGAAGAUGAAACUAUCUUGGAAGAAGCAAAAGUUACUGUUGAUGAUUUACCUAACAGAAUGUAUACAGACACUAAAAGCAAUUCUUUGGAAGCAUCUGCUUCGUAUGUUCCUGAUUUAUCUGCAUCCUCAUCCUUGGUAGAACAGCAAAAAAUGUUGGAAGAAUUAAACAAACAAAUAGAAGAACAGAAAAGACAACUGGAGGAACAAGAAGAAGCCCUCAGACAACAAAGAGCCGCUGUUGGUGUUUCAAUGGCUCAUUUUUCAGUGUCUGAUGCUUUAAUGUCACCACCACCAAAAUCUUCCCUAAUAAAGACUGAAUUAUUCCAUCAGGACCAGCAAGCUGCACAAAAGGUAGAUUUAUCUUCAUCUUUAAAUCAACAAGCACAAGUCUUAAACCAGGGCUGUGACCCAAGGCAGAACAGAGAUCCUCGACAAGCCAGAAGAAUGGCGACAGAGACUAGUGACAAUGCUGAUUCUCGAAUAAAGCCCCAGGUGGUACAGAAUGAGAUAUCCCCAAGAGAAAUUGCUGCAGCAAGUUUUCCAAAUGCUCUGCAGACUUCACUUGGUAAGGAAGAGAAAACUUUAAUUUCUGCUCCUCAGCCUGGUUUUACUGGUGAUAAUUGGGUUUCAAGCGAGAAGGCUUCUAUAGUGUCCCAGAAAGAGGCAUCUAAUGGCAAAUUUGAAAACACUGUUCAAGUUAAUUUGGAAAACAUGAGUCAAAUGGCUGCUGGAGAACCUUCUGCAUCCAAACCUUUACGUAAAGUGCUGCUUCCAACACCUCCAAGUACAUCUUUUCAGCCUAAUUUCUCCACAACAAACGACAGUCAGUCUUUGCAAGAUAUGCACAAAGUCUCGUGGUCAAAUGAGUCAACGGAAAUAAUAGGAAGGGAUUCGUUUUCAAAUACAAUGUUUACCUCUCAGGAAAAGGCAGCUGGUCACUUUGAACCAGGUCUUUCAUCAGUGCAAUACGAUGAACAAAGAAAUCCUCAGCCUCAUCAAUUUGUAGAACAAACUGAAUCUCCAUCAGUUCAGGGUGAGGGUGGACCUUCCCCACAGCACUUUGAAGAAAACCGAGCUGGACCUCCAUUUUCUUUGUCUGGAGGGCCUCCACCACCACUGAUGCUCAAUGCACCUGGAGGACCUCAUGGACCUAAUUUUAGAGGACCGGCACCACAGUUCUCUGAAGAGCAUGAUUCUCCAAAUAACGAUGGGCAAAGAGGACCUCCAUCUGGAAGAUUUGGAGGUCAAAAGGGUCCCAUUCCUUCCUUAUUUUCUACACAGCAUGGACCACCAUCUCUUUUUGGUGAUAACAGGGGCCCCGCCCCUCCUUAUCAUGGUGUUCCAAGAGGAAUGUCACCAUCUCAGUUUGAAGAUCAUCGGGAACCUCACAUGGAACAAAGGGAAUUCUCAGAUUCCCAGUAUAAUGAAAUGAUUAGGCCUCCAGGACAGUUUGAAGGACCAGAUCCACCUCAGUUCAUGGGAAACAGAGGACCUUCGCCUUUUCCUUUUGGAGGUCAAAGACGACCCCCACCAGCCCAAUUUAAAGGACAGAGAGGAGGCCCUCAGUUUGGAGGGCCAAGAGGCCCAGCCCCAAGUCAUUUUGGGGGACCAAGAGGGCCUCACCCAAACCAAUUUGACGGGCAGAGAGGCCCAGCUCCAAAUCAUGUACCUGGUCCAAGAGGACUUUUGCCACAGCCAUUUGAAGAACGCAGAGGGAGUCCACCACCCAGAUUUGCCAACCAGAGAGGUCCAGCACCGCUUCAGUUUGGAGGACCAAGAGGAGCCACACCUGCCCUGUUUCCAGAAGAAAACGAACCUCCUCCUUCUAGGUUUCAUUUCCAAGGUCAGUCACCACAAGGUAUGAAGCCAACCCCAAGACCACUCCUGGACCUUCCAAGCCAUCCACCACCCCACAGAAAAGAGAUGUGGGAGGAAGCUGGACCAUCUGCAUCUCUUUCCACUAUUUCUGGACAAGGAUCUGAGUCAGAAGGGCAGUGGUCAGCAUCUGACUUCCGAGAAGGCAAAAAUCCUGAAUUUAGAGGCCAGGCAUUUGAAGGGAGACAGAGAGAAAGAUAUGAGGGAGGAAAUAAAGACAAGGUUUUAGAUCAGCCAGAGCCUCAGCAAGCAGAGAAAGAAACAGCGCCUAGUUUUAACAGGAGAAGGCACAGCCAGCAGCGGCCAGGUUCCGGGGACGGCGGGGUGCCCGUCGCGGGGAGCCACCGGCUGCGGGUGCCCUCAGACCGUCUCCGCGGGGAAGGCCUCGCGCCCAAGCUCACUUCCACGAAAUCAGGGGAUAGUACCGUCUUCGCCAGACCACAAAAACUGCAACUUUUUUAA